CUCGUCAACCGCGAGACAAGCGAGCAGAGAGUCGCAGAAUAUCGCGACCAGCUCCUCACCCUCCAGGAGGAAGAUUAUAUCAAGUGCGGCCACCCAGAUGGCUCACCCUGGCAGGUCUGGUUCCGUGAGGUCGCGCAGUCGACUCCCACACCCUCUGCUUCCUCCGAUCCAAACGCUUUCUCAGGGUUAGCCGUGCACGACCUUCACGACCCUCGGACAAGGAACAUCUUGCUCAAGAAAGGCGCUGAGUUCAUUCCCGACAAUAUAUUCUUUCGUACGGUGGAUACGGGAAGAGCAUUGCCGAUGAAGUUGGCAGAUUUUAGGAUCCAGUGGUAUGCCCAUAAGAACCACUGGGAUCACGUUGACAGAAUGAAGAAGCAAAAGAAGGAAGGCAAUUGGGAGAUGUAUGCCUUCGCGAUAAUCCUUCACCAACUUGUUGUCCUUCGUAAUAUGCAUGACCAGAUGGGCGGCGACAUACCGGUAAUCAUCGUCGACUGGAAUGACCGCACCAUUGGCCUGGCGAUGGACUACUGGGUGAACCUGAGCAAAGGGAUUUGGACAGAUCGUCUCGAAGAGCGUGAUGCAGAGUCCAAACAAAACGGGUUUCCAUGCUUUUACCAGGCUGAUCUUCUCGUCCGUUCAUUGCUCCAUGAUAAAGCAGUAGGCUACGUUCCUCCUUUCAUAGUUCUCCAGCAACGCGACACCGCGUACGGCAAAUCUCGCAUCCUCUUCACCUCACCUCUUCACACGCCCCCUCACUCCUUCCUUGCCUCCUUUCCGAUCGGAUGCAACGGUCCUCACUGCACCGACCCU